CGAUCUGGACUGCCACAGUUCUUACACAGCCUGCGCCUGCUGCAACCUAUUCCCAAACAGACCGCCCCAACAAUCAGCGCCCCAGCCUCUGAAACGCUACAAAUGACAAGCCUUGUCCGACAAGUUUUACAAGAUACCUCUUAGUGUUUCCGGAGCAAUUCUAUUUCAUUCCUGCUUACUUCCAGGAGAGACUUUUUGUGUUCGUGUGGGCAUUGCAAUGUGUGAAUGCUUCACGAAUCGAUUGUGGGGUCAAGUCAAUUAAGAUGACACAGCUGUGGCCGCCUUCCCCAAGCGUGGAAGACGAAGAUGUGGCAUUGGCAAAAGAGCAAGUCGUCGGUGUCCCAAUAGACAAACUCAAGACUGAGAAUCAACCCGCCGGCAGUCGAGGCUCGGUUGAUCAAUAUCCCAUCAUCCUCAACCAUGAUGGACCAGAUACGGACUUUACCCAAACACUAUCAGUCCACCCCGAAUAUGACCCAGGCUCGGAUAGUGUUGAUCUUAGCAAGGAAAAGCCUGCCAAUUUUCCUGUCGGCACAAACCCGGAGAAGAGGUUCAUUCUGGUAAUGGCUGAACAGUCGGCAAAAGCGGAGGAUGCUUUCCCUGAGACUUUGCACCGUUCCAAAUCGUUUACGCAGGUCGAGGACUAUGGUUUGUCAAGGGCAAGGCCCGAAGUCGCGAGAAUAAAUACAGAUCUCAGUAACGGACUGAAUGGGAUGACGCCUGGCAGGUGGCAUCAGCCGUCGCCUUAUACUCGGAGCCCUGCGGAAACUGUAGCGUCCACAGGACCUCAUCAAGCAGGAGCCACCUUGCUCUCCCCUAUGGACGCUCAUCAACCCAGAAGAUCCAUCUCUGUCCAUCAGACGUACCGUUCAACGCCUCAUGACAGAAGUGAUACGGAUCAUACUUUAAGCUCAAGGAGGAAACAUGACCGCAGUACAAGCCGAGCAUAUCGACAGAGUUUCUCUCACUAUGAUCGUUCCGAGACGGAGAAGGAGAGGAGCCCUACACUUGGCAGGAGAAGACACAGCCGGGGAAAGAGCACCAGUCGUCCGGAUAAUCGUUACCGCAGCCCAGCUCCGUCGCACAAUGGCUUUUCGGAGUAUUCCUACACAUCACAGGAGCACAUCACUCCACCUCAAAGUCCCAAAUUGUCGGCUGCUUUAGCUCGAUCUCCAGUAUCGGCCCGCCCAUCUGGCAGUCAUGGCCACGCUGCCAGAUAUGAUCACGAUAGGGUUAUCACCGACUCUCCGUAUGCCUCAUCAGCCGAGGAAGGACGUUUGAGGACACAUGGCUCCGAAGGCGAGAGAAGAAGCACGCGCGAAGGUCGUUCUCGACGAAGCUCACAUGCUCGUCGUGACAAGAGCGCUAAGCCUCACAUGAGUCGAGCACCAUCUCACCGUCGACACAGAGAUUCGAAGGACGAAUCGAAUCGUGGAUUGGGACCUUCUGAUGAGCGUCGUGGAGAUCAGACACCACUGUCUGGUCAAUCGCCCAGAGUUAUGGAGGACUAUUUUGAAAAAGCCUUCAUGGCAAAUCAAACCAAAAACCCCUCUUAUGCCCAACAACAGUCUCGAGCGGUAUCUCCUUUGGCUUCGCCACCGGACAGCCCUCCGAGAACACCACGGAACGAGAGACCACAGAGAGACCACCUCGGGUCUUCUUUCAAUGCUUCGAAUACGUCAAAACCAAGGACCCGUCCACCGUCCAUGGACGACAGCCAUCCCAAAGAUCUCAAGCCACUCACCUCCCUCCUCAGCGCCGCGACUUUGGGUGCUACCGUGGCCGGAAAGACCAUUCCGAGCCAUUCCCGGUCGAGUACCUCACUAUCCACGCUAGGAACACCCAGCAGUGGAUCUCAGACUAGACCAAGCAGUGGACAGAGAUCUCGGAGGCAUUCGCCCGUCCCCGAUGAUACGCCGGCAAUAACUCAUUCUUUGUCACGGACUAACUCGCUGUUAGCCGGAGACGACGGCACAAGCAUACGUACCAUGACUUAUACCGUUCAGCAGGAUCGAACUCUGCCAAGGACAUCUGCAUACCUUCCUGCGCCUGUGGAAAGCCCCCGCACCGCAACACGUGCUGCCUCAUAUUCAUUUCCUCCGGAAUCGCCGAGACCAAUGCCCCUUUACAGAGCAAUGUCAAGCGUGUCGACGCAGAGCUAUCAGCAAUCUGUGCAUCCUCCGACACAGCGAUCAACAAUGUCGAGGCCGGUAACGCCAGCGCCGGAGCAGGUUCCUGUAUUCGCAGCAGCACCCCUACGACCGGCUGCGCCGCCUCUAUGUCCCCGGUCGACGCCUGUCUCCGGACUGCACGACUGGUACACGAUCCGUGAUAUGCCGUAUCUGGAUUUCUGUCCGACAUGUAUGAGCUUCCUUGGCGCCACCCGCUUCCGCGAUCAUUUCAUUCCAAGCAUGUCCAGGGACCCUAGGCAGCCAGUCAUGUGUGCAAUGAAUAGGCCUUGGGUUCGUCUCGCCUGGAUGCAGUCGAUCAAGCACGACAAAAAGGACCUGCACCUUGUUUGGGAUAUGAGCACCCCGCCACCACAAGAGACGAAACCCUGCGCAGGGUCAAAGCCGGACUUGAGGAAAUGGCAUCACUUGGAGGAUCCAAGGACUAAGAGACCUAUCGAUGGUUUCGAUAUAUGUUCAGCCUGUGUCAGAAACAUUGAUAUAGUGUUUCCUAAGCUGCGAUCUCGUCUUUUUGACCGACCCAGCAACAAGCCGAACCAGGAGAAGAUUUGCGGUCUCAACAUAAGCAGUAAGCAUUUUUGGUCACUCCUGGCAGAGUUGGAAAGACUGGCCGAACGUUGGUCGAGGGAGCAUUUCAGGCAAAAGGACGUCCAAGACUUUGCCGACUACGUUCGACGAAUUUCAAGACAUCGUGAAUGUGCAAAGAACAACAUGCUCGGAAACGUAUCAUGGCACUUCAUACCUGAGCUUCCAGAGUUUACAAUCUGCGAAGAAUGCUACGAGGAGGUGGUUUGGCCUAUCAGAGACCGUCCUAUUGCAAAAGACGUGUCAAGGACACUCAAGCUUGUGCCGAAUUUGCGACGAAGCCACUCAGUGCUAGGGACAAGCUGCCAACUUUACAGUGACCGUAUGAGACGGAUCUUCCACGAAGCUGUCUCAAAGAAUGAUUUCGAGGGCUUGAAGACGGCGGCCAAACAACGAAUCAGCACGGAACAUUGGCUGUGGGAGAUGAACAAGCUGUACGAGGCGGACCAACGAAGGGGAAUCGAUAGGAGGACAGAGCUUGAGAACAAUAACUCGAUCUGGCGGUCGAUUGAAUAAUUAUGAGAAACUCAUGACUUACGAUUUAUGGAUCAAGAAAUGAGAAUGGCAUGAGAUGAUGACCAAAAAAGGGUUCCCGCUGGAAUCGUUGGAUAGACCAUUAUGACCUUGUAAUCAACCCAGCAUGAGGCUGUGAAAUUGGAUAUCUUCGAAAAAGUCGAAUCAUAAAUUCUUGUCGUAGGAGGUGUCGAAUAGCAUUCCUGACCACCAUCUAGAAUAUCUUGCCCAACACUUGUCUUACAUCCUCACUCAUCAUCUCCUUAUUCUUUCCAGCUUCUUUCGUCUGACCCUUGACUUCAUUCUGUCUCCACGUCCUUCUGACGUCGACAUCUGUAUUAGCAGUCCCGCCAUCAGCGUCGUCGGCAAUUUUCGGGUGUUUGCGCUUAG